UCCGUACGUACACGAGAUCUUGAUUGUCCGAUUCUGAUCGAUUGGAAUCAAUGAACGCCUCACAAAUCAACGUUGCCUCCGACCGAUUCUGCUCUCUAGAACAAGUAGAUGCUGUUGAUAUGACAUUGGAGGAUCAGGAAGAUGCAUGUAGAUAUGCGAGGCGUGAGAAACAUAAUUUCUCUAGGGAGCAGAGAAAGCUUAUCCAGGUAAUGAAUGUAAAGAGAAAAAGAGACUUUCUUUGCUUGGAGAACGUUAACGGCGAGAUGGUGAACAUACUGGAGGGGCUCGAAUUGCAUACCGACGUUUUCAAUGCAGUGGAACAGCAGAAGAUAGUUGAUAAAGUGUGUGAGCUACAAGAGAAGGCACGUAAAGGAGAACUAAAGCGUGGAUUUACUCCUAAAGGAAAAGGACGUUCAGCUAUUCAAUUCGGUUGUUGUUUCAACUACCGAACAAGCAAAGCUGGAACCCCGGCUGGGAUUCUUAGGCAUGAAACUGUUGAACCAUUACCUGCUCUUUUCAAAGUGAUCAUUAGAAGGUUGGUUGAAUGGCAUGUCCUGCCUCCAACUUGUGUACCUGAUUGUUGUGUCGUCAACAUCUAUGAUGAAGGUGAUUGCAUACCUCCUCAUGUCGAUAAUCACGACUUUCUUCGUCCAUUCUGCACCGUUUCUUUCCUUAGUGAAUGCAAUAUCCUCUUCGGAUCAAACCUAAAACUUGAGGAAAAUGGUGAAUAUUCGGGUGGUUCAUACUCAUUACCGCUUCCAGUUGGAUCAGUGCUUGUGUUAAACGGCAAUGGAGCUAAUGUUGCUAAGCAUUGUGUACCUGAAGUUCCUACAAAAAGAAUAUCAAUUACAUUUAGAAAAAUGAACGAGUCAAAACGUCCAAUCUGGUUCACACCAGAGCCUGAUCUGCAAUGGAUACAGCCAUUGCAAGUCGAGCUGGAAUCGUCCAGUUCAUCUGACCAUGUUUAUUAAUUUCUGAAAUGUGUAAAUUUAUGUAAAUUUCAGUUUGAUUUGUGGUUAUAUAUAAGGU